CCAAACAACCACAUCCUCAUCCGUGUGUCCAUCAACCAGCACAAGAGCCACAUCCUAAAAUGUCCAGCCCGGACGGAGCAACAACUUCCCCACCGGCCGAAGUAAUGACAAUUGCCUCCCCCAUCAACCUCAUCCUCCUUACCCUCUUCAUCAUCCUGGUCUACAUCCAACUGCGUCCCAAGGCCCCCGUCGCCCUCCCCAAAGCGCCCCCACCCGUCGUCUUCCGCACCUUCACCCCGACCACUCUUCUGCCAUUCAACGGCACCGCCGAUCAACCCGUCUACCUCGCCGUGCGCGGCCGCGUUUUCGACGUCACCCCCGGCCGUAACUUCUAUGGACCGGGCGGACCCUACGAGAACUUCGCCGGUCGGGACGCGUCCCGUGGGUUGGCGUGCCAGAGCUUCGAUGAGGAGAUGUUGACCAAGGAUCUGAAGGGUCCGUUGGAUACGUUGGAGGAUCUGAAUCCGGACCAGUUGGAGAAUCUGCAGUCGUGGGAGGAGCGGUUCUCGGAGAAGUACUUGGUUGUUGGGAAGUUGGUGGCUGAGGGGGAGGAGGAUGCUUGAGUGGAGACUCGGUGAGUUUUGGGGGUGGUGUAUGAAGCAAGGAUGGCGGUGAGGGGGGUGACGAUUAUAGAUAGGGCGGUGAUGAACAGAAGGCUGUUAGAAUGUAAAGUUGGCUUGUUCGGGGUUGAUAUGAAAUGGUUGAGUGGACUCAAGGUCUUGACAGGUAGUAGGUUGGAUGAAUUAUGAUAUUAUGGUUAUUCAAUUUGUUUACACAAGUACUUUCUGAU